UGCACCAUAUCAUCUUUGAAUUUAUUUUAAGCUGCUUUGAUUGAGGAGAUACAGAAGCAAAGCCAAGAGAUGGAUAAGUGGAAGAUUCAGCUUCUUGUUGUGACUUUUUGUGCUUUGGUGCAAAUCGAUCAGGCACUGUCUUCCAGUGCGGAAGAGGAGAGAGGGUUGCCCAAAGAGUGGCAGGAUGAAUCACUGGAGGCAGGUCUGAUCCACCCGAUGGCCACUCUGAUGAAAAGAUCUAAAGCCCUUCGCUUCUAUGGACUCAUGGGGAAACGCUCAGGAAUAAAGAAACCUUCCAGUGCAGACAGACGAAAAAAAGUGUUUGUGGGUCUGAUGGGAAGAAGCAUUUCCAGUGGCGAAUCUCUAACCAGGAGGAUUCCACCUGCGACAACCACUGCGAUCGAUGUUUCGGAGAAACCACUCAAGCAAGGUUCAUCAGAGGAAUGGGUCCAAAUCCUGUAUUGA